AUGGAGGGAUCCAUGUGCAGCCUACGUGAGCUCGUGGCUUUAAAGCGGCGCUACAAGUUCUACCUCUUCGUGGACGAGGCACAUUCAAUCGGUGCUGUCGGUCCGAAUGGAAAGGGGCCGUGCGACUAUUUCGGCGUCGACCCAAGGGAUGUCGAUAUUUUGAUGGGCACUUUCACCAAAUCGUUUGGUGCUAGUGGAGGGUAUAUUACAAACAGCCAGGAUGUGAUUACCAAACUCAGAACGACGAAUCCAAGAUACAAUUACGGCAAGGCACCUGUACCAGCUGUGAUGGCACAGAAUAUUGCUUCUAUGAAAACCAUCCUCGCCAAUGGGGAGGGAAUAGGUGGAGGAAACACCCGACUGAAGCAGCUGCUCUGGAACUCGCGCUAUCUCCGUCAAGGUCUGAAACGAAUUCGAUAUACUGCUUAUGGUAAUGAAGACUCACCGGUUGUGCCCACACUUCUCUUGAACCCGGUUAAAAUGCUAGCAUUUCGCGCGAGAUGCUUCGGCGGAAGAUUUCUGUCGUCGUCAUCAGCUAUCCUGCGACUCCGUUGGAUUUGUCUCGAGUGCGCUUCAGCGCUUCAGUGA